AGCACCCCUCCAGCCGGCCAUAUUGGAGGUUGGGAAAUAAAGCAGCUCUAAAAUGAUGUGUGUCUUGGAAGUAACCCAGUGCACCUGAAAAAGACAAAGCCAAACAACAGCAACAAAAACCAGCCACAAUAAACACCAAAAUCUUCGCCAUACACAAAGGUGCUUGAAAAUGAGCAAGGAGCCUUGGGUUCUCCGGCCCACCUUGUGCCUCACUGGGCUCAGCUUGCUUGUCUCUCUGGCACCCUGUGGGCUGGGCAUGGAGAUCACGGCACAAUCUACCGUCAGUGCCUUGAAUGGCACAUCCGUGCGUCUCCCCUGCACCUUCAACUCCUGCUACAAAGUGGAGAACAAACAGUUCUCCCUGAACUGGACAUACCAGAGAUGUGAGAAGUGCAGCGAGCAGCUGUUCCUGCAGUUCCGGAUGAAGAUUGUGCACUGGCGGCUGGAUCACUUCGGGAAUAGGGUGGAGUUCACCGGAAACCCCAGCAAGAACGACGUGUCCUUCACCCUCCACCAGGUGCAGCUGGAGGAUGAGGGCACCUACAACUGCUACGUGAUGAACCUGCCUGACAGGCACCGGGGCCAUGCCCGCAUCUUCCUCAAGGUCAUCACCGAAGUGCCCCCAGAGCGCGACUCCACGGUGGCUGUUAUCGUGGGGGCCUCGGUGGGGGGCUUCCUGGCCGUGGUGAUCCUGGUGCUGGUAAUCGUCAAGUGCGUGCGGAGGAAAAAGCAGCAGAAACUGAACACAGAUGACCAGAAAACAGAGGAGGAAGGGAAGACAGAUGGUGAAGGGAACCCUGAGGAGGGCACCAAGUAAUGGCCCCCUUUCCUUUCCCCCUGUACAGUGUGACCCCUCGUGUGCUUCUCCAGAGCACGGAUUUCAGACUCCCCAGAAUUACUGAGCAUCCCUCAUCUAUGUAACCAGCCCCGACCCCCAGGAAUCCAGGCUUCAGUGGGGCCUGGGGAGAAGACUGCUGCACGCCUGGCCUGGGCUAGGGCUGGGUGGAGGUGGGUGAAUCACCUGAGCCUAAUGCACCUGUCUCCUGCACCAGGCUGCCGCCUGCUCCCACCCACCUCUCCCUAUGAGCCAGGAAGAGCCCUGAGUGCCAGGGCGCUGCCCAGGGCGGGGGCUGGAGCAAUCCAGAGGCUGUGGCUGAGAGGGAGGGAGAUGGAGCUAGGGGAGAGGGAGGCAGGACCUCCCCGGAGAACCGUGCAGGCGGGGAGUGAGCAAUGGCUUUGGCGAGGGAGAGAGGGCUGCAGCCUCUCAGCGUGAUGGGCAAUGGAGCUGGGGAGGGGGGUCCAGCAAGCCCUUCUGCCCUAGGCUCUGGCACUGGUCUGAGACAUUAGUGUGCUGGCCAGGGGGGAGACUCCUAUGAAGGCCAGAGGGUUCUCCUGUGCCUCCUAUUCAUGGCAGAGCCUCGAGCACAGGGGACCCUUUGCUAUGUCAAGUAAUCUGAUCGAUCUCCCUGGAACCCCUCGAGCUCCGUCACCACGGGCCAGUCUCCUCCCCAGGCCCUUCUGACCUGCUCCCAUCCACAAAGGCAGCCGGCUCCUAUCCAAACUUUGUAAUGGGCAUUAACAGGGCACCAGCGUUACGGGAAGGCAGGGGGGGCAGGGACACGGGGCAGAGGGCGUAGCACCAAUGUUGGGCAGGGGGAUCGGGGGUGGUGGGCGUAGCACCUCUGUCGGGAGGGAGGGUGGUGGGUGCCUCUGUCGGGCAGGGGGACGGGACGUUGACAAUUCAGUGGAGGCGCCUGUGUUUUCUAGCUGGUUAUUUUCUCAUCCUUGGCGGGGAUUGACACAGUCUAAUUUGUUGCCUCGUCUCCAUCCUGGCCAAGCCAUGUAAAGGAGAGCAGGGAAGUGUGGGCGUGGGACAGUUCGGCAUGUGGUACUGCAGGCUGGUCCCAGGCACCUCUUGCUAACUGCCAUGAGGCCUUGGCAUUGGGACAGUCCUGUCCCCCAGGGACUCCUUGCCGCCUCCUCCUUUUAGCCAGCAACUCCCUCUUGGAAGCAAAUGGGCAACUCUGGGCAAAUGCCAGCUCUGAUUCUUGUGCCCCAGGAAAUGAAUUCUGAGCAAGACUUGCCUUCAGUGCCCUGCGCUGGUGGGCGAAGAGCCAUUGCCAAGAAUAUAGUAACUGCAGAAGCCCCCUGCAGAGAGAUCUUUCCGCUGCUAAACAGAGCCAUGGAAGCAUUACAGACAGGGACCUCUGGGGGGGGGGGUGUCCAUUUUCUUCUCCUCCGCUCUCCCUCUCCCUCCCCCCCCGAAUUGCAAAUGUAAGCCUGCUCCUGGCUUCCCUCGUAGGUGAACAGAGAGUCUGGGCUGCCCCCAGGGAGGGAGUGGGAUUGCGCUAGGGGUGUGAUUGGAGACUAGUGUCCCCAGGCUGUGCACUGGCAGGGGGUUCGUGUUUUAAACAUUCAUGUGAUAGGCAGGGGAGGGCCUGGCUUGGGUCCCUCAGGCUGUGAGUGCCAGAGCUGGCCACAGGGGGCUUACCCCAGGGAUACAGACCUGACUACCUGGAGCCCCAGUGAAGUCUCUUUAUGCGCAGACCCUUCUGAGCACAGUGGCUCUGCAGCAUGCUGGCCUGGGGCUGUUUCUGGUAGAGGGAGAAAGGCAACCAUGCCAGGGUCCACAGGGCAGCUGGGUUAACAUUUGGCCUUGGAGAAGAGGGGAGCCGUAUCUUUGUCUGCGUUCAUGCUUGUUACCAGCCCUUCACAGACUAUCCAGCAUUCCAGGGCUGGCCCCUGAGCCUGCAACUGAUUUUCCAUGGGCCGGAUCCCAAGGGCCUGAUUCUCUGCCUGCGCAAGGACUGGAAACGAUGCUGUCGGGCUCUGGGUUUAUGUUUCCCAGGCAGAAAUACUGACCCAUUUUGUUUGCAGUCAGUGCGUGGAGAGGACUCUGCAGGGGUUGGCAUGGGCUGAGCAUGGGCCAGGGAGCCUGGAACUCCGGCAUGGCAACCCUGGCUCUGGCAGAUGCCCUCUGUAGCCCUGGGGCAGGCGUUACUUCCCCUCUCUCUCCCUCAGCUUCCCUGUCUGUUACAAUGGGGUAACAGCCCUGCCUCCCCGGGGGCUGUGGGGCCCAGUCACCACUCCCUGCUGCGAAGCGGGGAACGCGGGGCUCACACUGUCGACACAUUUACUCCUCUUGUUAAUGUCACCUGAACACGCUGCCAUGGACUGUGCCUUUGCCUUGCCUUUUCCUGCAGGGAGAUACAGUGCGAGAAGCAGAGGCUUUCUGGGAGGUGGCUCUGAGCUGCAGUAGCUAUGGGGCUGUGUUGUCCCCAGUCAUUGCUAGCUAGAUGAUGCCCAUCAGCCCGUGCACUGGUGCUGAACGCUGCUGCUUUGGAGUGGCUUGCUGCAAGGCCUGCUCAGCAUGGUGGUGGAAGUGUGUAGCCAUGUGUGUCCGAGUCCAUAUUUGGGCCCAGGCAGCUGAGCCAAAGUUGCUGGCUUUGUUACAUUUCCCAGGGUGGGUACUUGUGAUGGAAAAUCUCAUGCUGAUGCCUGUAAAAUUGAACUUGCUGAGUGGGGUGGGGGCGGGGGGACUCUGUGGGCUGCCGUUGGGAAGGUUUCCGGGGCAACAGUGGGGCCAGGGUGGGGCUGGCCUCUGCUUUCCUUGAGCAACAAUGUGAUGUAAAACCUGCCUCUUCCAAACUUCCUUAGGAGCAAAGGACAACGUGCUACUGCCAAGUCAAUACACUGCCAGUCAGCCCAGCGGGGCGGCAUCCUUGCAGGUCCCUUGGGAACCUGCCCUGCUCUGCUUUCCCUGCCUACUUCUGCAAGUGGGGGGUGCUCGGUCUCAGCCCUCAGGAUUUCUACGGCUUGCUGGGACGGAGCCUGUUCCUCUUCCCUGCGCUGUGCACAGGGGCUCCACAGCAGCCCAGCCCAGCUAGGGGAGUUUGCUGGGGGGGCUGUUUGUUUAUUAAAGACCUUACAUACCCACUGGCCAGGAUAGCAUGGGUGCUGUGAAUGGGCAGAUUCACUUCCACAGGGGGCUCUGGCUGGGUCCCAACCUUCUGUGCACCAUUCUAAGUGCAUUGGAUUGCGGGAGGUAAUGUGGGCUAGAGCAGGGGCUGAGGGGGACCAGAACUCCUGGGCUCUGUGUCUGGCUCUGCCGCUCUCCCGGGUACCGUGGGUCUCAAAGGGGGAUUAGGAGGCCUGCCUCACAGGGGUAGUUGGGGGCUGCAUCCUGAUUGUGUGCGAAGCUCCUGGGACCCCUCGAUGAGAGGGGCUAGAGAACGGCAGCGUUGGAGCAGUUGUCUGAGGAUAACAAUGGAACCAGGAGAUUGGAACUCCAGGCUGUUAGCGAUGCUAGACACAAGUGUGAGGAACUGGCCCAGGAGCUCUCCCCCUGCCAGCUCAGACCAUGGGGGGACCUGUCUUUUCAUUUGAGGGGCCCCUUCUCCUUGCCCACCCAAGUUUAUUCCCCUUUAGCUGCCAGUCCCCAUCAUGCACGCUUGCUCCCUGCCAGGGCGGUAGCAAUGCAUGGAACCCCCUGGGGCCGCUGCUGCACGAACGGGGACCCAUGGUCACUACGCUUCCCUGGGGCAGGGGCUGGAGGGAGCUCAGAGCUCCUUUAGGGGGCUCUGCAGUGCCACCCACAUAGCCCUUGGCCUCAACUCUUUGCCCUCCGCCAGUGUUCCUGGCACCCCCAUCUCUGGAGCCUGGACUUGGUCACAGCGGGUGCUGUAUCCGUGCUGCAGGAGAUGCUGUUGCACCCAGGAAAUGAAGGGACAGAGAUGUAUUUGCAGUGGGGAAGCCACCUCCUAAAAGCCUGUGUCCAUUUCCUGGCUCUGAACCCUCAUGGCUUUCCAGCGGGGAUUUUGCAUUUCCUCUCUCUGUCCCCGUGCUCUGCCUUGCUAUGCAUCAGUUGUGUACAGUCUGAAGGCGCUAUUUAUCUCCAGACUUUUGUGUGGCUUCCCAAUCUCUGUGGGGCUUCCACUGCCACACAACCACCCAAGUCUCAUAAUCUCUCAUCCAGUUAAAAAGGCACACAGAGGAGAGCCAGCUGGAUGGCAGGUUCUCUUAGGACCGGCGCCUGCUCCAAAUUUGGGACGAGAGGCUCCUCCUGGGCCAGAGAGUGACUCUUUUGUGGCCAAAGAUCUUUGACUUUGGAAGACAUCUCACUACUGACCUUGUUUCUGCCUUUUAUUUCCUGCACACAUUGUCCUUGGAUUGCAAUUUGCCAGUGAGUUUGUACAGAAUACACAGUGUAGGUCUAGUAUAAAUAUAUACUCAUGAAGGCAUUGUUACAGGUAGUGUGUCUUUCAUUUUGGUUUUGUUUCUUCUGAUCUAGUUGGCCAGAUCUGAUGAUGAUCUCACCAAAGCCUGCGUGCAGAACGUUUCUGUUGCUCUUUGUACAUUUCAAAGCAAAAUAAACUCCACCCCACAAAUA